AUGUCAGUCAACUUGUUCUUCCUCGUCACAGUAAUGUCUUAUACAACUGUGUAUGCAGUUGUGAGCAACCCUACAACAACUGAGAUGAACAGCAAUACCAGUGCAUCGAAUAAAUCAUCAAGUCUACUGAAUUGGAGAAAUACAAUCUCACAAUGUGUUCGAUUGUAUAUGGAACCAAAUCAACUUGGUGAUUGGUUUGAUAUAUGUGAUAGUAAUGAGCUGCUCUCAUCAACAUGUGUUUGGAGAACCAAAUCGAUUUGUACAACUGGAAAUACGAAUGCAUUCAGAAAAACAUAUUGGUUAAUAUAUGAACGAUCUCAUUUCGCAGGACCCUACAUACUACUCGGUCCCAGUAAAUGUAUUGACGAUAUAAAUCAGUAUAAACUUUCGGCAACUAUGUCAAUACUGAUCUGUGUAGAGAGAUUAACGGCAAAAUGGGAUGUUGUCGUUUCUUGUCAAUAUCCAAAACGACCAUGGAGGGAAUUUUUCCCAGUAAACUGGCACUCUGAUUAUAACGUCAUAUCUAAAUCUGGAACGGCAUCAGCUGAUGAGGCAGAAGCUUCCUCACUGGAAGAAAUAGCAAGUUUGGUAGAUCUACAGAAGAACAGUGUCAACAAUAAAUAA